UCUGUGUCUGAUCAAGCCAGUAAAAAAAAAACAGUUUAUUUUCUUUCUGGGAAAAAAAAAAGUCUCUCUCUGGGGAAAUCUGGGAGUUGAAUAAAGUUUAGGGGGGAGAGAGAUGGGAGAAGUAGGGAAGGCGAUGGGAUUGCUGAUUAGUGGAACGCUAGUGUAUUACCACUGCGCAUAUCGCAACGCGACUAUUCUCUCUCUAUUCGCCGAUGUACUCAUCGUUCUCUUGUGCUCACUCGCCAUCCUCGGUCUCCUUUUUCGCCAACUCAAUGUCUCGGUUCCAGUGGAUCCACUAGAGUGGCAAAUAUCACAGGACACAGCAAGUAACAUCGUUGCCCGCUUAGCUAAUACUGUUGGAGCAGCAGAGGCCGUUCUGAGGGUUGCAGCAACGGGACACGACAAGCGGCUUUUUGUCAAGGUCGUAAUCUGCUUAUACUUCUUGUCAGCUCUGGGACGGCUCAUAUCAGGUGUAACCGUUGCUUAUGCAGGACUAUGCAUUUUCUGUCUCUCCAUGCUCUGUCAGAGUUCUCAACCUCUUGGAAACUGUGUACUGAAACUAGCAAACGGCGAGGUUUUAGAACAAGAAGCACCUUCUGAUACAUAAUGUGUCUAGCCUUUUGUUUUUUUUUUAGUCCUUUUUUUAAUCAUGCCUACAUGUUCAUAUCUUCAGAAUAGUUUCCCUUGUGUGCACCAUUCUUGGUGAAAAAUUGUAAUGAUAUUGUUUCAAGAAUAAGUGUUGUGUCAAUGUGAACUAAACCAAUUCCAAUCUA